AUGGGUGGUGGUGGGCUAUUCGGCUGUUCUUCAGCCGGACACAGCGGCAUCAACCAGCUUGGAGGGGUCUACGUCAACGGUAGACCGCUACCUGACUCCACGCGGCAGAAGAUCGUGGAGUUAGCGCACUCAGGUGCGAGGCCCUGCGACAUCAGCCGGAUACUGCAGGUCUCCAACGGCUGUGUCUCUAAAAUACUUGGGAGGUAUUACGAGACGGGGUCAAUAAAGCCCCGAGCGAUUGGCGGGUCAAAACCGCGGGUCGCGACCACCCCCGUUGUCCAGAAAAUCGCGGACUACAAGCGGGAGUGCCCUUCGAUCUUUGCGUGGGAGAUCAGAGAUCGUUUGCUGAGUGAAAACGUGUGCAAUAAUGACAAUAUUCCUAGUGUAUCAUCGAUAAACCGCGUAUUAAGGAACCUGGCAUCACAGAAAGAGCAAGCUGCGUCUGCGCAGAACGACAGUGUAUAUGAGAAACUACGUAUGUUCAAUGGACAGGCGGCGACGGGUUGGUGGUACCCUGGUCUUCCCACCGCACCAGCACCUACCAUCCCAGCCCCACUACCACCACAGUUGAAUAGACCAACGGAAGAACAUAAACGAGGUAUGCCUACUGGUUUAUUGAAUAAUAUUCUAGAUAAACAGCCUCUCAGAGUCGGUCAUCAAGAUACAAAUAAACAAAUAAGAUAA